GCGCGCAUACACCCGGCCCGGCUCCCGAGGGCGCCAGCGCGGCCCCGGGGAGCGCGAGGAGCCGGCGAGCGCGCGGCCUGCCGUUGGCGGCCUGGUCCGCCACGCUCGGCGCCCACCCGCCCCCUAGCUGGGGUGCAAGACCCCGGGAAGAUGGUGUCCUGGAUGAUCUCCAGAGCCGUGGUGUUGGUGUUUGGAAUGCUUUAUCCUGCAUAUUAUUCAUACAAAGCUGUGAAAACAAAAAACGUGAAGGAAUAUGUCCGAUGGAUGAUGUACUGGAUUGUUUUUGCUCUCUAUACUGUGAUUGAAACAAUAACAGAUCAAACAGUUGCUUGGUUCCCCCUGUACUAUGAGCUUAAGAUUGCUUUUGUCAUAUGGCUGCUCUCUCCCUAUACCAAAGGAGCAAGUUUAAUAUAUAGAAAAUUCCUUCAUCCACUUCUUUCUUCAAAGGAAAGGGAGAUUGAUGACUAUAUUGUACAAGCAAAGGAGCGGGGCUAUGAGACCGUGGUAAACUUCGGGCGGCAAGGUUUAGCUUUCGCAGCCACUGCUGCUGUCACUGCAGCGGUGAAGAGCCAAGGAGCAAUAACAGAACGUUUACGAAGUUUUAGUAUGCACGAUCUAACAGCUAUCCAAGGGGAUGAGCCUGUGGGACAAAGAUCAUACCAAUCUCUACAAGAAGCAAAAAAGAAAAGUAAAUCAGUCUCCGGUGAAUCAGCAGGUUAUGGAAUUCCGCUGAAAGACGGAGAUGAGAAAACCGAUGAAGAAGCCGAAGGGCCGUAUUCAGAUGAUGAGAUGUUAACGCACAAAGGGCUUCGAAGAUCGCAAAGCAUGAAAUCCGUGAAAACCGUGAAAGGCCGCAAAGAGGUGCGAUAUGGGUCACUAAAAUAUAAAGUGAAGAAGAGACCACAGGUGUAUUUUUAGUCAUCUGCACCUCAAGAUCCCAAGACAAGUUAUGCUAAUCCAUCAGCUUUUCUUCUAACAUUAUCCAGGAUUUACACGUUAAAAUAAUACUUUAAACUGUGGCGGUGAUAGGGUUUAUUUUCAUCAAUCUAAGUAGCUUUUAUUUCUUUAACCAUUACUUCCAUGUCCUGACUACUCCAGGUAAUUAUGCAAAGCUUAUAUAUAUAUAUAUAUGUAUAUCUAUAUAUGUAUACAUAUGUACAUAUGUAUAUACAUAUGUAUACAUAUACAUAUAUAUGUAUACAUAUGUACAUAUGUAUAUACAAUGUAUACAUAUACAUAUAUAUGUAUACAUUUACAUAUAUAUGUAUACAUAUAUGUAUACAUUUAUAGAUAUACAUAUAUAUCUCAGAAAUAGUAGAAAAUUGUGUUAUCUGUUUUCAAAUUCCUCAACAAUAUUGAGUGCCCGGGACAUUAAGAUGAAACACAAACCCACAGUAUACUUGAAAAGAGUCUUUUUACAGUUUAAGAUACAUCAGCCUUUGUGGUAUUGUAUUGUGUUUACCUCCGUUUAUGUUAUAUCUAUCACAUGAGGAUAGUAAUUAGAUAGGCCUCUGAUCAGCAGUGAUAGGACAAGGGCAUAAUGUAAGAUAUAGUGUGUUUUAUAUAUUCUUCAAAUUUUUACUUUUAACAUACUUGUCGGUUUUUCCACCAUCAGCUGAACGUUUUCGAAACAAAUAUUUGAAAGCCAGGUCUCCACAUAGCACUUUUAUUCCUGACUAGUUUUGCACACUUGAAAAUUGUUUACUUAUUUACGACUGUACAUUUAUUUUAAGCUUUACUGACACUUUAUUGUUAUUGGUCAUAUCCUGACAUGUCACAUUUAUGCCUCGAAUUUCAUCAUCUCUUUUCCUGUGGGUUUCAUUUGUUAAAUUUGUUAGGUUCUAAUAAUAUGAAAAUAUACCUAAUUGCCCAACUUUAACUAUUUUUAAUUCUCUCCUCUAUAGAUAAGAAGCUGUUUUACACAUCAACUAGUUUUCCAUAUUUAACCCUACAUUGGUAGUCACACUUAGCAUGUUUUUGUUAACACUGGUGACAUUUUCAGCAUUUAGAAGCAGUAGCUUUAAAAAAAAAAAAGUAGUAGCUUUUGUGAAACAGAGUCACGAAAUUAUCCAGCAGUCAGUCCAUUCACAAGGUUGACCUCCUAUGUGCUGCUGACUUAUAAAUCCGUAUUGACUACAUUUGAAUCACUCAUCUUUCUGGCUGAGAUCAUUUCCUGAAUAUAGGUGCCAAUGCAAAAUACAGAUGUUAAUCUUACAUACUAGAAACUAUUAGAAUAGAUAUUAGAAAAAUAUAUUUUAAUCCAAGAGAUUGUGAGUUACUAAAUGUGGAGGCUUUCUUAGGUUGCACUGAUAACUAUGCAUUAACUCUGUUAAUGGUGGUGGUUUUAGUGAUCACUCAUCAAAUUGGUACAGUUGUAACCAUUCAGAUAAUUUACUUGACUGUUCUGUUUGUCCAAAAGAGAAAACAAUGAGUGAGAUGUGUGAGAUCUUUGACCUUUCUACCUUUUAAGAAGUGAAACCAGCUGGCAAUGUAUAUUCAGGACCUCCUCGGAUUGUUGGCAGAGGAUAGAAUGUUUACUUAGGACUACCUUAGUUUAAUUCAUACAUUUCUCUUGAUACAUUCUCUUAAAACAUUAUCUAGACUCUCUCACAUUCUUGAUAUAUGACACCAAGAAAAAAUUCCCUCAACUUUGUUUCUCUGAAAGUUUAAUUCUAUGAGUGUCUUCAUUACUUUACCGUGACUAAUUUUUAGCCUUUUAGUUUUCUAAAAAGACUCAUUUGUGUUCAAAAUUCCUAGAAAUCCUGAUAAUAAACUCUUGGAAGAGAGUUUUUAUUUACGUUGCCUAGUCCUAGACUUACCAAUGUAAAUGCUACACCACGUUUCUCUUUCCAACCCAAAGGCAGCGUCAUCUCGAGUUGCCUGACAAAGUCAUGUAAGUGACUUUAUAUAAAAACAUUACCUCUGGGGGCUGCUCUGUGCCACUUUGUGUUUCCUAAGACUAAAGUAUUAAACCUAUUCUGUAAUUAUAGUAAACUCAUAAAUACUGCUCUAAAUCGGAGGGAUUAUUUAUCCCUUUACACUCCUACAAACAAAGACAAGACCAGUCUCAAAGAGGUAAUGAAUGUCCUUUUUAAAUCUCUCUCUCCACACAGUGUUCCCUCUGAUCUAUUUCUCCUGUUACAUCCUUACAGGCAGUGGAUGUCAUUUUGCUGUUCUAUUACUUCCUUUCUCUCCUUUUCUUACAUUUCUGAGAUUUUGCUGCUUUUCUCUUGUGUGUGUUUUAGCAUGCCCUUUCCUUUGAACUUUGUAUGAUAAGCUCACAAAUCUUAGCCUCUUUUAAAGUGGAGCAGGCCAUUUUUUGUUUCUCUGCUUUUGAAUCCACUGCUUUUAAAAGAAGGAACUUUAUCUCUAGACCACAGUGCCUUGCUUUCCCACCACCACCAUUUGGUGAAUGGGCAUCAGACGCUGCGCAAGCCUAUUUAAGGGCGCUAUUUUGGUGACUGUUGAAGUUUAUGCAGAAAUUGUAGCUGGUGUUUUAUUAUAUAUUUCUUCAACUUGUGCACUAAUAUUAACUAUUUCCAGAGGUUUUGGAAGUGACAGUUGAUCUAUUCUUCAGUUUACCAUGCUUUUUCUGGGAUAAAAAAGAGCCAGAAGUAUGUCUUAUUGCUAAGUAAUUAAUUAUGUAAACCCACCUAGGUCCUGCACAAGAUCCCCUCCACACGAGUCACUAUUCCAUAUAUGUACGUGGAUUUGACUAGAAAGUGGUUAAGUGUCAGCAUUUGCUAAUUAUAAGUACUUGACUAUACAGAUUGAUGGAACAAAAUUAUUAAAAUAUUUUCAGGGAACUAAUCCAUAUGUCACCACCAAAGAUUUCUACAGUGUUAUAAAAUAUGUAAAUACUCCAAAUUUCUGUAAAACACUGGUUAGAUAAAUACAUUUUAUUUCAUGUCUUUUUUUUUAAAUAACACAGUUUGAGCUUCUGUAAUACUUGAACUAUUGUGUUGUUAAAAAUAACCCAAUGUUACCUUCUAUGAAAUAUUAGUAAUUUGUAUGUUUAAUUGGAACGGACUAAAUUUUUAUUUUGAUUUUCUCGUAUUGGGAAGAUUAAGGAGUUAAUAUGUAUUGACAAGCAGUUUCCUAAAUGUUGUCCUGUAUAGGCUGAUUCAUUGACAAAGCAAAUUGGUGAUUUUGAGGCGAUCAUUAUUACUGUGGUAGGCAGUGUAUAUUUCUUAGUAAACAGCAUUUACAUUUACUUAAGUUUAUUAAGUUUUACUGAGUAAAACUUUGUGAAAGAAAAAUAUGGCUUUUUCCUCUAAAUGCUUAAGAUUUCGUCUACUGGUAGUGUCCUACAGAUUUAUUGUACAUUAACUUUUUAAAAAUUGACCAUGAAUUAACAUUUUCACCUCUAACACCUCUUAAAUCUGUGUACUUUAAUAGUUAAGAGAAAGCAGUUUUAUAAUUUUUUAAACUCUUUGUAAAGGCUAUCUUUAGGCCUAGUCUGGGGGUAAUUUUACAGAUGUGUUUUUUGAAAACUUUAAUAUAAAAUAAACUCAUUUUAUUAGUGA